AUAUUUAGCUAUGCAAUUUGCAUUAGUGAAAGGUCAAAAGACAAAUCCGUAGCUAGCUGCRAAGAUCUUGCGAAGGAAAUAUGGAUGGAAAUACAGACUUUUCUGGCGUUUCAGAUGAAUGCACGGCAGAAUACAUUCUCAGUAAUGUGGCAGAAGUAGUGGAGAGAAUUUUGACGUUUGUACCAACCAAAUCCCUGCUCCAAAUUGCUUGUGUUUGCAGYCUGUGGAUGAACUGUGCACGGAGAGUACUGAGGGUCCAGCAGAAGUUGACGUGGGUGUCUGCCUCWGGACCGUCCAACUAUGACGGCCAUGCUCUCUGCCACAGCCUGGCUGAAGAAGUGAAGAAUGUUUACCUGCUGCCCAAAACAGUCUUGGUUAUGGUGGACAGCGAGACCUUCAGUGGACAAGACUCUUGCUACAAGCAGAAAAAGGCACGUAAGAGCCACCACAGUUCAGACUCAGUGGAGGAACUGAACAGGCUGUUCCCCAAUGGAUGUGACAUCAUGGCCAUUGCCACUCCUGGUGUUGUUUUAACUCCCAGUGGCUCCCACUCGGGUCCACCGAAGGAGUUCCAAGAAGGAGAAGCUGGCUACGCUAUCAUGUUUCCUAGGAUGGAGGGAGUGGACAUCCGCCCCUUUCACUUCUGCAAACGCACCAURUCAGAGUCACACCUGGAYGAAGCAGGGCUGGUGAAUAACCCUGAUCUGCGUGUGGUGCUGCUCUUUGGCUAUGAAGCCUACAAACCCGGAGCAGCCCYCUUCCUUAACCAGGUCCUGGAGCCUUUGGCACGCAGCAAGGCUCUCAUCGCUGGGGGCCAUGUGGAGAAUGUCUUCUCCCCUGAAAGAGAGUGCUGUGGCCGGGGGUCGUACGGCGUGGUGGGUCUGGCUCUGAGCGGUCCAAGGAUCCAGGGGGCCAGUGUUCUCCUGGAGCAGGACGUGAGCAACCCCAAGGCAGCCGAGGCCACCAUACGGAGACUGAAAGCCGCCAACCUCCCAGAGAGGAACACCCUGGGCUUCAUGUUUGCCUGCGUGGGCCGCGGACACAACUAUUACAACAACCAACGUAACGUGGAGGCUGACACCUUCCGCAAGGUGUUCCCCAACAUCCCACUGUUUGGCUUCUUUGGUAACGGGGAGAUCGGGUGUGAUCGUAUCGUGAAGGAGGACUAUACUCUGUGUGACACGGAUACGGACAGUCUGCAGCAUGGAUACACCACUGUUAUGACCCUAGUUCACCUUGGCUGAGGAGUCGAUGGUCAUAUUUACAUUCAAACUACAGUUUGUUUUGUUCACUUCAGGUUCCUAUUGAUUAGGUACGAAACGGAAGAAAACCAGAAGAAGCAGAGAGGUACUAUCUUAACUGGUCCAAUAAGAAACACCUGUUUUACGUUGCAAAAUGUUUUGAAACGGUGUGCCCUAAUGAAUACAACCCUGGUGUCUAGUUCAAAAGACUGUCUGUACACAUAACAAUCAGGAUCAACAACAUUUUGGUUGUAGAAUCUUAACUCUUAGCCAUGGUGGUAUGUGAUGCUGUUUGAAGUGGAUUACAACAUGUAGAUGUCUUUCUUUUUGUUGUGUUCAACUUUUCCCAAUGUAAAGUUUUAACUUUGUCAAUUUUGGGGGGAAAUGCAAUGUUUUAUCUGCUGCAAUAGAGGCAAAUACUUACUUGAUCAUGCAUUGAUCAGUUUGAAACUUGAAAAGAAAAUAUUGCUGAUAUGUUAGUGAGUUUAACAAGGUGCUGAUGGGAAUCAGAGAAGAAAAUACUGUCCAUUCAUCUCAGUCCUCUGUUACAAAAUAAUACAGUGGACUUCCCCAUGUAAAACACGUAUAUAUUAUCCUGAAUUACUCACCAAAUGUUAUGCACAUAUUCAAAACAUAGAACUGAAACUAACUAAUAAUCUUGACCAGAUGGUUUCUUACACCUUAUAGUGAAAAGUUACUGACACUUGAUGUCCAAUUAAUGAUGUUAUUAUUAAUUAUUAUAAAUACUUGUUGAGAUUACCGAUCAGGCACUUUUUAGUUAAGAUAAGGAAAGUAACAUGUUUUGAACCUUUGAGAAAAAUUCAGUUUGUCUUGAUUUCAAUGUUUUCUCCUGUAUGUGCUUUGACACAUGCCCCUCUUUUCGUGUUAGAUAUGGAGAAACCCUUUUUGAAAUGCAAUUAAAUCAAGGCCUAUUCCUACUACCUUUAUAAGACUAUUUCACACACUGGGKAAUUCCACAAUAACAGAGUGAGGCUGAGACUCUGAUUUUUCACUUGAAAUUUUAUGUCAAACAGAAAGCAAUGAUUGCAAAGUUAAACAAACCAUACAACUCUAUGCAUAAGGAUGGCUUUUAUAAAGACAUUUACUUGAAGAACAGUGAACAGGGGCGGCAGGUAGGCUAGUGGUUAGUGCGUUGGGCCAGUAACCAAAAGG